CGCCUCCCUCCCGCCCCUCGCCGCCGCCGCGGCCGCCGCCGCUGCCGCCGCCUGCGCGGGCGGAAGCGAGCGGCGGCGGCGGCGCCGCGAGGAGCCGGCAUGGCGGACGGGGCGCGCUCGCUGCGCGGCGCCGGCACCGGCACCGGCAGCCCGGCCUCCAGCCCGCUGCUGGGCGGGCGGAGCCGCGCGGCGCCGCCGCCGCCGGUGCCGGUGCCGCCGGGGCACGGCUUCCGCAGGGUGACCCUCACCAAGCCCACCUUCUGCCACGGCUGCACCGACUUCAUCUGGGGGCUGGCGGGAUACCAGUGCGACGUUUGCAACUUCAUGUCUCAUGAAAAGUGCCUCAAGAAUGUGAAGAUACCAUGCUCAUGUAUUGCUCCAAGCCUUGUAAGGGUUCCAGUUGCACACUGUUUUGGGCCUCCAGGACAUUAUAAAAGAAAGUUUUGCACUGUGUGCAGGAAGUCGCUAGAUUCACCUGCCUUUCGAUGUGAAGUUUGUGAGCUACAUGUGCAUACCGAUUGUAUCCUGUUUGCUUGUAGUGACUGCCGGCAGUGUCACCAGGAUGGCCACCAGGACCAUGAUACUUACCACCACCACUGGAGGGAGGGAAAUCUCUCUUCAAGUGCUCGUUGCGAAGUUUGCAAAAAAACCUGUGGCUCCUCUGAGGUGCUGUCUGGCAUGAGAUGUGAAUGGUGUGGCAUUCUGGCUCAUGCUGCUUGCUACAUAAUUGUCACACCAGAAUGUACUUUUGGAAGAUUAAGGAAUAUGAUUCUUCCUCCAAGCUGUGUGCGAUUAUAUUCUCGCAACUUCAGCAAACUGCAUUGUUUUCGAAUAUCAGAGAACUUGCAAACAGAACCAGAUGAAGACGAUGAUGUUGAUGGAUCAACACAGGGAUCAGCAAAGGAUGUCCAAAUUUCAACAGAUUCAAGUAAACAAACAUUAAAGAUAUUUGAUGGGAACGACGCAGUGAAACGCAAUCAAUUUCGACUGAUUUCAGUUCCAAGGAUUGCAAAAAAUGAAGAAGUUGUGGAAGCUGCUUUGAGGGCAUACUACAUAAAUGAUGAUCAGCAAGAGUAUGAGCUCCAGACCUUUACCCAGCAGGCCCUGUUAUCUGAUGACGUUAUCAACAGGAACGAUGCUUUGGAAGACAGCAACACUGGUUCAGUCUUCCGAGAAUCCGUUCCUGAUGCGUGGGUCAUCAGAGCCAAGCCGAAAGAUGAAGAAGUGAUCAGAAUUUAUCCUGCUUGGCUAAAGGUGGGAAUGGCUUAUAUUUCUCUACGAGUAAAUAAGGACAGCACUACGCAGACUGUGAUCAAAGAAGUGCUUCCAUUGCUUGGAAGGCAGAUGGAGUCUAUUCAGAAUUUCAAGUUAGUAGAAGUACUUAUGGGCAGUAAGCAAGUUCAGCGGAUGGUGUUGGACAGUCAGGAACUGAUCCUUAAUAGACUUAAGGACAUACGAAAGACUUCAAUACGUCAGAUGAAUCAAACAAGGUUUUACAUUGUGGAAAACAGUAAAUCCAUUGUUCGAGUAAAUUUAUUUGUUGGUGGACUUCCCCCUCAGCUUUCUCCUGAAGAAUACACUAAUAUUCUCAAGGAUGAAUUAGCUAUCAAAACAAAUGUAGUAUCGCUGAGUCAUGUUUAUCAAGCACAAGGUGCUGUUGUACUCGAAAUUUCAUGUUUUUCUGAAGCCGAGAGAAUAUAUAUGCUAGUUAAAGAUACAACUGUCAAUGACAAGCCUCUGAAUGGUGUGGUGAUUCCUGAAGUUAUGUCUUCCAAGAUACCACAGAACUGCUGCCCACUUCUUGUAUUUGUGAAUCCAAAAAGUGGGGGUCUAAAAGGUCGGGAUCUGCUGUACAGUUUCAGAAAGCUGCUAAAUCCUCAUCAGGUCUUUGAACUUACUAAUGGUGGCCCGCUGCCUGGGUUUCACACAUUCUCUAAAAUCCCCUCUUUCCGAGUGCUGGUGUGUGGAGGGGACGGCACUGUUGGUUGGGUCCUUGGUGCUCUUGAGGAGAUCAGGCACAAGCUGGUGUGUUCAGAGCCCUCUGUUGCCAUCUUACCUUUAGGAACAGGUAACGACUUGGGGAGGGUGUUGCGCUGGGGAGCUGGCUACAGUGGGGAGGACCCCUACUCUAUUUUGAUUUCCGUGGAUGAGGCAGAUGAUGUACUUAUGGAUCGCUGGACUAUCCUUCUGGAUGCCGAAGAGCCUGCUGAAGGUGCGGAGAAUGGCGUGGCAGAACCUGAGCCUCCAAAGAUUGUGCAAAUGAACAAUUACUGCGGUCUUGGCAUCGAUGCAGAGUUGAGCUUGGACUUUCAUCAUGCUAGAGAAGAAGAACCAGGGAAAUUUAAUAGCAGGUUUCACAACAAAGGAGUUUAUGUGAAAGUUGGGCUGCAGAAGAUAAGUCAUACCAGAAAUCUUCACAAAGACAUAAAGCUUCAGGUGGACCAGCACGAGGUGGAGUUGCCAAGUAUAGAAGGACUCAUUUUUAUUAAUAUCCCCAGCUGGGGAUCCGGAGCUGAUCUCUGGGGGUCGGACAGCGACAAUCGUUUUGAGAAACCGCGGAUCGACGAUGGCUUGCUCGAAGUGGUUGGUGUGACUGGCGUUGUUCACAUGGGUCAAGUCCAAGGUGGUCUUCGAUCAGGAAUCCGCAUAGCCCAGGGCUCAUACUUUCGUGUAACGCUCCUAAAGCCAAUUCCAGUUCAAGUUGAUGGAGAGCCCUGGAUCCAGGCCCCAGGCCAAAUUAUUAUUUCUGCUGCAGGACCAAAGGUCCAUAUGUUGAAAAAGUCCAAGCAGAAACAGAAGAAAACUGGAAGCCUGAGAGAGAUGAGAACGGAUAGCAUGUCAGUCACCGAAGGAGGACGCUAAACGGAGAUCUGUGGUCAGCAUUGGUGCAGCACAUCUACUGUAGAUAUCGCAAUGGUUCAGUGAAACUGAGUGCAGACAACUAGUGAAGAAGGGUUGCGUACGAGCGUGCCUUUCAUUACAUAAUGUAAUACUGGGUUCUGCUUGGCUAUUCAAAGACAGUGCCUCAUUGUUGCAUAUACUUACUAUGUACCACUUGUCCCAUCGAAAAUGUUUACUUUGGGUUGCUUUUCCAUAAACCAUUCCCCAGUUUUUAGUUUAUGGAAACUGAGGCCAAACACAGACUCCAAGAUGUUGAGAUUUCCACAUCUACUUUUACAAAAACUCUUCCCCUCUUCCCUAGGUUUUUCUUCAAGAAAGCCAUUCCAUAGAUACAUCUUGGUGUAUCAUUCCAUAAAUGAAAAUGCGUUGCUUUAAAUUAACAUCCAUAGUAGCCUCCAAACUAAAAAAAGGCAAAGAGAUGAGCUGCUUAGGCCUCCUCAGAUCAGUCCAAGUAACACAGCUGAAGCAGUGCUACCAUAGAAGAGAAAAAUAUAAAACAUAAGAGAAAUGAUUUCUAUAAAAGGAGCCCUAUGCACUGGGGAGAGAGAAUGUACUGGAACAGUUGAGUCAAAAUAUUUAAGAGAGUUUGGUUUCAACAGUAUUUGGACAAUAUGAAUGAAGGGAGAACAGCUUUUAGAGCAAGUUAUCAACUACAGUUUAGCUUCUCCCACACUGAGUCAAAUCUUGUUUUUAAAGCCAUUUGAAUUUCACUAGUUACCACUCUGAAGUGAAAAUGAACAAGAAUACCUGAGGCAGUAUUACAUUAUACUGAUUAUUUCUAUCAUUGAGAAAUUACCUUUGACACCAGACUUCUCUCCUUGUCUUUACUUGUGUUAUUUCAUGUUUAUUUACUUGUCAUAUGUUGGACUGUUACUUAAAAGCAAGCUUCAAAGACUAAAAGAACCAUCACUAAUUAGGGUAAAAGAAGUACUAUUUAGUGUUCACUAAAGUAAAUUAGGACAGUCAUAGGUUAAAGCUGAGCUAAAAUAGAGUGCUGUAGGCUUCAGAUGACUGGGAAUGUGAUAGCUAUUGUGAAAACUCACUUUAUCUAGUCAGCCUUCACAGGUCCUUUGCAGCUGCUGUUCUUGCCAGCAGUUGUGGGGCCAGCGAUUCAGUGACUGUCUCUUCCACCUGGAUGAACAUUUGCUUUUAAGAGGUUGUCGCUCUUUCAGCUCCUGUGAGAUAAGACUACCUCUCCAUGCUUACCUGCCUGCUGAAGAUAUGGGGAUUCAGCACUUUCUUCAUAGCUUUCUGCUAAAGACUGGGGAUAGAGCAGACCUGUUGGUCCUGUAGAACACUACAUGUAUCUGCUGUCCGCGGCCAUGGUUGUGGUGGUCCUUAUUCGCUUCUCUGCUGGUCUCAUCUCACCAUGGUUAUUGAGUGACUGGACCCUUCACUGCAGAUCAACAUGAUAAACUAGGUUGCGCUCAGCCUGGUCAGUUACAGUGCGAGGAGUGUAUAUGCUUUUCCUGCUUGUGUGCAUCUGCUGCCUGGAACUGCUUAUGCUGUGCUGGCAUAUGCAUGGGUAAUAACCAAGCACAACUAUGGAUGGCAUGAAUUCAUCACUCAGAUGGCAGCUUUGGAAGCCUCCUUCUUGCCAGUGCAUCUAGAAACACAUCUCCAGCUGUUUCAGAGAACUUCAGUAAGACAUCGAAGUGUGCAAACACCAUGGUUUUGUGUUGAAACUAGCUAUGUGCUGAGGCAGCCCUUGCUGGGUCUUGUUGAUCAGUGUGCACUCAGAGCACGGUGCCAACUUCAGCAGCAUCUGAUCUUUACCUGUGCUUUACAUUUUCCAGUCACGGUACAGAUCAGGGUGUGAAUGUGGGUGCUUUAAAACAGUCAUCUAUAGCAAUAGACAGAGCUAAAUAACUAAAGCUGUAGAGACAAGCAGAACAGCCGUGCAGAGAUGCAUGAGCUGCCUGCAGUUUCUCCUUGCUGUCCAGGGAUUCUUGUUAUUAACAAGGCCUUACUGUUCUGAUAGAGGUGCAAUUGGAGGACCAAUUCCUUUGUUUUCACUGAAGCUUCCUAAUAAUUAUUUAAAUCAUUAAUUUAAUUGUUAUGGGUGAUCUUCAUGUACUACCACAUGGACUACAACUUAUUGCACAUGUAAACUAGACUCAUGCUAUGAAGGUGACUGUGUUGAUGGCACAGAGCUAAAAUACUCAUCUCUAUUGUUAAACAUGGGGGAUUGUCUCUACUGCAGAGCCUGGGCAGGAAGGGACCGACUGGAGCUCCUCUGGCAUCCUGGUACGGGCAUUACAAGUAGGAAGGGGCAAGUGUUGUAUUUCAGGGUAUGCCUUCUCAGGAUGAAGCUCACAACUUAGAGAGGAGAUCUUAAGUAGAUUGCUGCUUAUAAUCCAGAAGCCAAAGAAACUGCUUUGUGUCCUUGGGGUAGCUGAAAGACUGCAUGGUCUUCUUUCCGAUUGCAGCUCCUGUGAUGAAGAGGAAAACUGUUGACUUUUGUUUACAGAAAACAUACUGACCAUCUUCUGCAGCCCAAGUAAACAAACCCAUCUGACUAGUUUUCCAGGCACAUUGCAACAUGUAACUGUCAGUGUUUUAUGUUCUUGGCUCACUAAGGGCCAGCCUGUCUUUCCCUGUCACUCACUGUCUUGUAUUACCUGAAAUCAAAUGAAACUCUUGGGUCAGAGGGCCGUUUACUGUGGCACAUCCUCCCACUGGGAUUUUCCAUUCCUAGGGCAUUGUACAAGCCUGUCGUAGGGUAGCGUUGCAGUAGCAAACUAGCUCUUGACCUUUCACUAGCAGAAGUAUGAACGUGUUCUCCUCAUAGCACCCAGAGAGGAUGCUAGUAAAGGGAAGGGAAAAGGGGGAAGGGUUUUUUUUUCUUUUUCUCUUUUUUUUUUCUUUUUACAGAAAGUGGCUCCCAUAUGUUAUUUGAGCAGAUGAUUGCCACAUUGGAAUGAAAGUUUAUUUUGAGUAAAACACACCUGGCAUAUAGUGUCUCCCUUAGAUGAUUCUUGGUGUGUUGUGAAGGCAGAACGGUUCUCUGGGCAGUUGAGAUAGGAGAGCUCUUGUAAAAGUUUUUAACAGAAGACACUCUCUUGAAACGUGUUAAGAUCUUCCAAUUUCAGGUACUGUAAAAGACCAGUACACCAAGGGAAUUGUACCUUUUCUGUGUAUGUUUUCAUUACAUUAUGCAUCUAAGAGGGCCUAAGAAAUUCUUCCAUAAUAAUGUAAGACUUCUUAAAGAGAGGUGAUGACUCCUUGUAUUUAACAUUAAACAUCUUGAGUUAGCAUUUACACUGGACAAUGUAACAGUAGCAAAAGUAUUGGGGAUGAGGCUCAGCUUUGUCGAGACAGGUGUUAAGCAACGCCAGGGAUGUAGAAUUGGAGACCAUAAUCCAUAGAUAGGGAGGAAAUGCAGGCGCGUGGCUGUCCAGAGCGUACUCCUUGACCCUCUCUCCACAGCCUUGCCUUUUUACCUCACCUGCAGACCACAGCAGACACACUUCGUACAACUAACGUCUCUCCUGCUCAGAUACUAGCUCUUGACCUUUCACUAGUGUCCUUCUAGGCUUUGCCAGCAUAGGAGAGUGAGGAGUCCUGGAAGUCCUGGUGCAUAUCCCAUUAUCACAAAUGAGAAAGGACAUGGUGAGUUGCUAAAAUCUGUUUUGAUGAAUAAAUGCAUCAUCUCUGUCCUGAAUUAGGACAACCUAACUUCAGAAGAUCAUCCUGGGGAUACAAAUACUACAUCAUUAAAAAUGUUUUUUUCCCUCAGCUUCAUUCAUUCUGUUUAAACUGCUGAUGCUCUUAUUGCAUUGAUUUUUAAAUGAAACUGUAUGGAGUUAUUUUGCCAAAAACAUUUUGUUUGUUUAUAUAUAUAUGUGUGUGUGUGUGUAUAUAUAUAUAUGCACAUACUCUUUAAAAAAUAGGCUUUAUCAUAUUUCUUUUUACAGUGCAUAUUUGUUUAGGUUUUGCUGUGCAGCAGUUUUCUGACAGCAGUCACCUCUGGGUCUCUCUUUCACCACUUUUAGACAGGAUGCUGAGAGCUUGCUUUCUUGCUGGUCCCAUUUAAGUUCCUAGCACAUAGUUCUAAUGGAUAUAUACUUUCCAGCAAGACAGGAUGAUAAUAAAGUCAAAGCACAACUCUUUCAAAUGCAGUAUCUGCAUGUGUACACUUUGAGCUCAUAUUGCUCUUUGGGGAUUUAAAUCAAAUCUUGGUGUGUUUAAAGUCAAUAGUAGCAUUUACUGUAACGCUUUAGAAGUUAGAAGAAGCUGUAGCAUAGUUCAUUGCAAGAUGUAAAUAGGGAACAAAACCUAAAUGAACUAUUAUAGACAAUUGCUCAUUAAUCUUUGCAGUUACCCUCUUCAGAGUAUUGUAUAGAUUGCAUUUCUUUAAAGAGCAAAUAAUGUGCUUGUUUUGAAUAUUAACUCCUUGGAAGUGAUAAGCAUUUACGCAUGCGUGUUCCCUUGCAGUGCAGUCUGUUGGCAUAUGAAUGAGUCAUUACUAAAAAGAAGCCUCAUUUGGUUUGAGGAGGAGGUAAGAUGAACUCUUGCGGCACUUCAGAAGGCUUAAAGUGUUGCGGACAGAAGAGAUGUAGCUGGAUGGGUAUUUCAGAGGGUGCUGUGGCUGUACCCACCUGUGCCCAUGUGCCGCACGGCUGCCUGCUCGGGCUGCAGCUCUGAGGCUGAGGUCUGGUGCGGACCUUGCCUUGGCCUGUGCCGUGCCUCCUCCUUGCAGCCUCCGCAGGCUCUGUGCUCUCCUCCCCGGCCAGGCUGCCUUCCUGCCCUUCAGGCUCAGCCUUUGCACUGAAAUGAGAACGACGGCAUGAAAAGUGGCAGGAGGUGGUGGUGGGUGAUGGAGCUGCUGGUCUAAAACAUCAGGGCAGCUAUUGGGCUUAAACCACCCAUUAAUUUCUACUCCCACCUCAGCCAUAACAGCUGUGCAGCUUGGGUUCAUGCUGGCAGCCUCGGCUCAGUUUCAGGCUUUGGCCUUACACUGUGCCUGGAUCACUUCACAUACUUUUUGCACUUAACAGUAAAUGCAGGUUAGAUAUGCUUAGGUUGUGGCAAAAUUGCAAUGUUUGUACUUUUUUAAAUAAGGGGAUAAUUCUGUCUACAGAUUGAAGAUGCACUUUCAGGUUAUGAUGAAAAAAAGUCUGUAGAAAGCAACUGUUUAAACCUUCAGGAGUUGCACAGACUGCAGUGUCCCUUCAUCCCCAUCUCUAAUACUGUGUUCUCAUCGAAAGCCCUGUUUGGGAACGAGAAGAGAUGGUAUCUUCCCCACACUGCAAUAUGUAUUUAUUUCUGACUGACUGAAAGUUCAUAUAUUUUUAAAAGUUACAAAUUGGCUGCUAUUUGAAGAAUUAGGAUUAUUAUACUGAUUUUAUAAUACAUAAAAGUAAUGUUAAAGUUUAUUUAUAAUGUCGACAUUUACUGAUUUCACACUUGGUUUGUAUGAGAGGUCCAGCUCAAAAGCAUUUGUUCCUUUUGCUAUUUAAUGUAUUUUUUUGGACUAAGUGUAGCCAUUGUAUGUAUGGAAUGCAGUGAAUUGAAUGCAACUUACUAAAACUAUUUCUAAAUGUACAGUUAGACCAGCAGUUUCGAUGUUUACAGGUCAGUGACUAUUGAUUGUAAACCCAUACAUGUCAGUUGAAACAGUGCACUCUUGUGUUUUGGAAGCAUUGUUUCUGCUUCCUGUGACAAUUAAUGAAACAGUUGCCUUCUGGUUUAGACUCCUAACUGUGCCCCUUUGGAGAAAUUUAGAUGUUGAUUAUGACCUUUCUGCCAUGGAUUUAAAGAAUAGAAUUUGUACUAAUACAAGUGUUGUAUUGAACAUGUUUUCCUAAAGAUUGACUUUAUUUUUUGUGAAGAUAAUUUAUGAGAAUGUUUUUUAAGCAGUUUGCUGUUGUUGAAAAAGUUGGUCUGAAGUGUUGAAAUAAAUGUGCGUAGAUAUUAAAGAUGUAUUCCAAAGCAAAGUAUUUUUUUAAUAGGGUGCUGUUAUUGGUGUAGUUAUUCCCCUGAUUGCUCCCAGUGAUACAUCCUUUUAACAUGUUGGUGAAGUGUGGUAGUUAGGAGAAGACUUCCUUUCAGGAGCUGCAUCUUCACUUCUGCGUAUCCCGCAUUGCACUUCUGGUAGCAACUCCAGAUGAAAAUGGGUGUAGACAGCUGAGUUUUUCUCCACGGAGAGUAUUGCAGGUUAAAGAACAGAGAGCCCACCCACUUGCUUGGCUGCAUGAGUGUCCCAAGUCUGGUGGUGACUGUCUGGGUCUUACAGUUCUCUCUCUGUCCACAUGGAUACGUGCCACACAGCCAUCCUUUUGCUUUCCGAAGGCGAUGAGGCACAAGUCAGGCAUGUGUCUGUGCACAGCAGAUACAGCUCGCCCAACCGUGGCUUCCCUCCCUUCAUGCUGCUGACAUUGCCAAAUGGGGUAGCAAGAGGUGCUUGAAGAAUUACUGAGUAUUUAUUGUGCAAUCUUAGGAGCUUAUAAAACCCACACUGCUCUUGUAAAACAAAGCCAAUCCUUGGGAUUUGUUUCUUAGCAAUAGCCAUAUCGCUCCAGCUUUUUGGACACACCAAAAGCAAGUUAUCCUGGGGAUAGUUUAAAUAGCAAUGGUGUAGACGCUAGCAAGCAACACCUUGAAGAAGCUGCAGGUUCUGAUUCAUAGGAGGGAGCAUCUCUGCUUUGAAUGCAGAGCAUCAGAAUUUUUCAUCUGCUAGAGCUCAGUGUCCCUCCUACUUGUGAACCACCCACAGCAUGUUAACUCUUCUCAAACUAUGGCUUAACUAGUGCUUAAAUAGCUAUGUUUAAUGUUUUUCACCUCUCAUUAUUUAAAGCAGCCAACCUUUAGCAUUAGUUGUUUUUGAUUAAUGCUGUUUUAAUUUCAGGAUAUUCUUAAGAUGUCUUACAGCUUUUCUUGUGAAUGUUCUAAUAUAUUGAUAAUAAAUCAGCUUGGCGCAACAAGCAAAGCUAAGGCAACCACCAAACAGUUUAGUUGUUGUCUAGUGCUUAUUCUUUGUGCAUCUGCCUAAUAAUUCCCCCCCAAAAGUAUAAGCAUUGAAGUGGUUAAAAACUAUUUCCACAUUGUGUGCCUCAUACUAAUAAAGGCAUAUCACACAUUUACUUGUGGAUUGGUCUCAAAAACAGGGUUUUAAUGGUGUAACUUGUUUCUCAAUGUCUGCCUUGCAAAUCACUAUGCUGUGGUAACUUGUCUACAAAUAACAUACCUAAUGUACUAACUGGUUAAAAAAAAUAAGAAAAAAAGAAAAAAAGAAAAAAGUAAUUUAUAAAAGAUGGACUUGUCUCUGAUAUUUAAACAUCUGUUUGUCCUUGGAUUAUGUUCUUAGAAUAAUUCUGUAUAUAUUUUGCAAUGUGUUUGUGUUUAAUUUGACUGUACAUUUUGCACUGAUUUGAAAGUCUGUAUCCAAUUAUAAUUUGCAAAUUACCAGAGAUCUAUAACUAGAAUUUAUGUCUGUGAAAAAUACAGCAUCUGUUCUACCCUG